UUCUUAAGGUUCUCGCUGUAACGAGCCAUGUCCAGAGGGCCUGUGGGGGCGCCACUGUAACCAAACCUGUUUCACGCGUUGCCCCAACAGUGACACGUGCGUGAGGGAAACAGGAGAAUGUGUGUGUCGCCCCGGCUACUGGGGAGUUACCUGUCAGAACAAAUGCAGAGCUGGUAUGUAUGGUGACCAGUGCAUCAUGUCAUGCCCAUCCUGUGGCCAGUCGUACCGCUGCAACCAUGUGACAGGAGAGUGUGAUUGCCUACCUGGACACACUGGAACCAACUGUGAUCAAGUUUGCCCAGCUGGCUUUUAUGGCAAACAGUGUUCUGAAGUGUGUGUUAACUGUGCCAACAACUCCACAUGCGACCACAGGGAUGGUCACUGUGAAUGCUUGACUGGCUGGACUGCUACUGACUGCUCCAUCCCCUGUAGUCCAGGACGCUUUGGCCCGUUCUGUACUCAGACCUGCUCCUGUCCGACCAACCUCAUCUGUGACCGGUUCACUGGAGACUGUGUGUGUGAAAGUGGAGGAGAUGACUGUAAACUAGAUUUGUCUAAGCAGUCAGGGAGUGUUAUGGUUCCUCUUCCUCCUGGUGAGAGGGAGUCGUGGGGAGCCAUUGGCGGCAUCGUCGUGCUCGUCAUCCUGGUGGUCUUGCUGCUUACUCUGCUGCUGCUCUACCGCCGCAGGCAGAAGGAAAAGCAGAACAACACGCCGAGCGUAUCCUUCUCCACCAGAAGCACAGUCAACUCUGAAUACGCCAUUCCAGAUGUUCCUCACAGUUACCACCACUACUACUCCAACCCGAGCUACCACACACUGAGCCAAAACAGGCCUCCACUGCCACACCUCCCCAACAACCAUGACCGCACUAUCAAGAACACCAAUAACCAGCUGUUCUGCAGUGUGAAAAACAUGGAGAGGGAGCGGCGGGGCUUGUUUGGGGUUGAGAGCAACGCCACACUACCUGCAGACUGGAAACACCACGAGCCCCGCAAAGACUCAGGAGCUUUUGGAAUCGACCGGAGCUACAGCUACAGUGCCAGCCUUGGAAAAUAUUACAACAAAGAGCUGAAGGACACUGUGGCGGUGAGCAGCAGCUCUCUGAACAGCGAGAAUCCUUAUGCUACCAUCAAAGACCUGCCCGGCCUGCCUUUCUGCCCCCCAGAGAGCAGCUACAUGGAGAUGAAGUCAGCCGUGCCCAGAGAGCGAGCAUACACUGAGAUCAGCCCGCCACCAUUCAACACAGCCACCUUACGCAGAGAGCGUCAGAGUUCCCUCGGUCAUGCUCCACACGAAGACCCCCAGAGCCACUACGACCUCCCAGUGAACAGCCACAUCCCGGGACACUACGACCUGCCACCAGUCCGCCGACCCCCCUCUCCCAGGAGAACUCCUCAGUGACAGUCACAACAGCAGAGGAAGUUUCCCUCCUCCUUACUUUGGGGAUGAUUUCGGGCAAAGAGCAAACUUUACACUCUUCUCUGACAAUCAGAGCUGUAGACCACCCACAGAGCAGCAGCGAGGCGCCUGUCCCACCAACUAACUGUUGUUUACAGUGGAUGCUCCCCUUUCAACUCUCAACACUGCCCCUCUGUGGCCUAAAGUGGUACUUGCUUCACCAUGACAGACUUGUCAUCCAGACUGGGGAGCCAGCAGGCUGCGGUGAGGAAGGCUGGAUUGUGGCGACGCCAGCGGGGCUUCAGCUGCAUUUGCCUCCCAUGGGAAAAAUAACCCAGAAGACUUCAUGGUUAAAAGCAGCAACUUGGGAAUUCUUAUGUGUUUGAACUCAUCUUGACAUACUGCAAUUGAAGUUUUCCACAUAUUUUGUUUGCUACUGAUCAGCUGGUGUGCAUGUUUAAAAGGCCCCUUUUCAUCAGAAUUCAAAUUUUCUUCUGUCUUCAUCAUCAAAAGUGACUAAUGUUUACAUUGUUUUUUGUUUUAUUUUACUAUAUCACUUCAGAAUCCAAACUUUUUUAACAGGCAGCUUUGGAUGAACAGAUCACAGCUGGACUUCCUUUUGAUUUGCUCUUCAAAAAGCCUUGUCAACCUUAAAAAAAGGGAAAGAGACAAAGUUCAUGGGACCUUUUUUUGAAAACAUGUGCUCUUAUACAUGAGGUAUAUUUUCUACAGCGAAUGAAGUAGUGCAAAAAAAAAAAUCCUGCCAGCGUUUAAGACACGUUAUUAAAACAUUGUUUCUCUAUUGGUGAUAUUCGGGUUUCUGGAAUCUGGAGAAGUCAGGUUGUUUCACAAAAGUACCAAAUAUUUGUUUACCACUUGAAGGCCACGAUGAACAGCUUUUCUUUUUAAAUUCACAUCACUGUCUUCUCCAGAUGCUGCGUUUAGACACACAAUGAUACACGUGUCCCCUGUUUGUUUAAGCCGCAUUUGUCAGUCUAUGGUUUACACAAAUGUGGCUCGCUUAUUGCUGCUGUCAGGAAAAAAAAAAACCUUUGUAAAUACAGAAAGAUAUUGUUAGCUUCACUGUAAUGUAGAAUAUCCCUAUUUUAAGAUGAUCAUGUCUUUAAGGGGUUUGUGUGACCAAAGCAUUGACUGUGGACCAAAGAUACGCAUAACAUAAGCACAAACUAAAAUAAACCAUCAUCAAACAGGGAAUUAAUUACAAGCCAAAUCAAAGCAGCAUUAUGAAUGUCAGUGUAGUGUCCUACAGCAACCGAUUACACCACCGACUGGUCAUUGCAGCUCUGUAAUUGUCAGACCCACAAUGGGCACUUAAAAACAAAAUCAUAAAACUUGGCGCCUACAUUACUCAUAAUGCAACUACAGCACAGAUAGUCAGGCUGGAGUUGUGUGUUAUGUUGGUAGGAGCUAAUGUAACCUUGAGCUGGCAAUAUAAAGCAGAGAUGAGGACUACAGAGGUCUGGUAGCUCACUUAUUUCCAACUCCAUACCCCCAGAUAUUUUCUGUCUGACUUGUGUUCAGCCCCAACCACUGCAAACGUAUUAUUUUGGGGUAAUUUUCAAUACUAUGAGUACCACAAAUAUACAGAAUAACCAAAACUAUGUGUAAGGCCAAAUACCAGUAAAGGUGAUAAAAUGUU